CAAAUCGUCCAAAAAGUGACGAUGUAUAUUGGUCUAAAAUAGGUAUGACUUCAAGUGAAGAUGAUGCAUAUAUACCAGGGUUAUCUGCUCCUGGUAAUAAAAGACCAGGUCGUGUUAAAGGGAGGAAACCAAAAGAGGUUCACGCCAAGGUGCCAAUUGAACAGCCUGUAAUUGAGAAUAUCAGACCCGACUUCUCACACAGUGAUAUACCUCCUUCAGGUAGAGUAAAGAAGCCAUUAAAGGGGAACCUGAAGACGGGCAGCAGUUUUACGUCUCGGGAGAAAAGCAAGUUGUCAGAUGGCGAUGAUAGUGGCAUGUCAACAACAUUUGAGAGUUUUGCGGAGAAAAGUAUUCGUAGAUUACAGAAAGCUUCUUUAAAAGAUUUACGCCCUGAGGACAAACAAAGAGUGGCAAACCUUAUCAAGGAGCUGGCCAGGGUUGGUGAUGAGAAGGAACAAGUUGUUAAAGAGUUACAUGGUGAGAGAGAACAGUACGAGCGACAGUUGAUGGUCAUGGUGGAACAGCAAGAGAAAAUAUUACAGGAAAGAGAAGACAUUCAGGAAAAGUUGUUUAAUUGCCAGAAGUUGCUUACAGAGUACCAAGCUCAGUUGUUAAACAAACAGGAUAGGCUGAACUCAUCCAUCCAUGAUAUUAAAGAGGCAAUUGGCACUACAAAAUCUGAAGCUAUUCCACCUAAACCAAAAGUCACUGUUGCCUCCUCCAUACCUGUAACCACAGCAAUAGAUUCUGUACCAAUUAGUAACCCAGCAGGGGUUAUUGAAGUUUGUCCGCCCGUGUAUGACCUAUCAGAGAUGGAUGAACGCAGCUUGACUCCCGUACUCCUUAAUCGGAUCCUGUCCCCAAUUAAUAAACAGGAUUAUCCAGGAGCUGGGAGACAGUCCAGGUCUAGGGAACCAGCCAACAGACAUCUAACCAAUAGAAACAUUGUUGAUGAUCAUGUGAUCAAUCAGGAAUCAGCAGACGAAUCUGUGUCAGAUUUGUUGUUAAAUCCUAUGGAUACAGUAAAAAGACCUUACACUUCUUUGAUUGACAAAGAAAUUGCCAGAGAAAGGUCAUUAAGUCGAGGGUCAAGGGCAUCAGACUAUUCAAGGUCACGCAGUGUUUCACCUUCAGAAGGCAGACCAAAAUUUGCCUACCCUCAGAAGCUGACGGGUCCAUUGCAAGAACCUUUAGCUUCAAGCACUCAAAAAUCUAUGGAAAUCAGAGCUUUGAAUUAUGAAAAUGAUAGUAUAAGGUCAAGGUCAUCAUUGAAAAAUCAAGAAUUGGGGUCAAAAGGUCAUCAGUAUUCAAAAGGAGGUUACAUUAGGGAUCAAUCACCAGCAAGUUCGGACAGUGCUAAAAAUAGAGUUGUAUUCAAUGGGAAGGAUGAAUAUGAUGAUGAUGCCGAAAAACAUUCGCCAAACAUUAAAUCACCCACUAAAGCAUUCAGUGACCCGGAAUAUGGUAAAUAUUACAAAAAGUUAUCGCCUGGUGGAAGGAAACGCGAACUGUUAAAGCAGCGUCAGGCUCUGUUAGACGAGCAAGAGAGAUUGAGAUUGGUGCUGGAAAAACAGGAACUUCAGUUACAAACAAGAAAAUACGAGUACGAUAAACGGAAAGAGCUCCAAGAGCAGAGGAUGAAAUUCUAUAAAGAAGGUGGAAAAUUUCCUGCGUUGAAACUAGAAUUCGAUAACGGAAGUGAAAGAGGAGGAAAUAUUGAUGAUGUGGAUGAUGAUGAUGACAGCGUCGUAGGAAAGGCAUCAGGGAAAGCGCUGGUCAGGAGGGAUCAGGCAUCAGAAGUAGAGAUGUACAGUCCAAGGAAUGAAAUUAAUAUAGUUAUUAGAAGGACAAGAAGCAUCAUGUCAAAGUCAGGUUGUCAUGAUGAUGAAGUUCAGGUCAAGAGUAGGGUAUCAAUGGGAACGUCUCCCAUAGCAACACCUCCACGUAGCAACAAGGUGAACACAGCAACGUCACCAUCAAGAUCAGUAGACACUGCAGAUUCAGACGUCCCUCGACUGGUUGACGUGGCUACCAGUAUAUCAUACAGGACUCCGUUAAAAGAUGCCAGUAAUCAUUUACAAGGUAAUCUACCACUAGGAUGUAAUCGGCAGCGGUCAAGUCCUUCAGGUAAACAAUGGAGGGAAAUGGAGCCUGAGGUCAAUGUAAGAAAACCUGGGGAGAAGACGUUGAAUGUACUGGAGAUUGUCAACUCUAUGGACGAGGAACCACCUUUAACCUCUAGCUAUGACGACCUUGAGAACAGACCAAAUAAACUCUUUACACCCAAUAAAUACAUCACUCAUGGCAAAGGAGCCCAGUCUAGUCCGUACAGACAGUACACCAGUCCAGCUCAAAGAAAAAAUCAAGCCAAUACUAGAACCAGUCAAGUUCAGCAGAAAACCAGUCUUGGAAACAAGCUUCUGAGUGAAGAGGAGGAAUCGUUAGAGGAGAGCAAAAUUCUUGAAGACAUUUUCUUUCUAUGAUUCUGUUACUAUAAAUAGUCAUUACUUACUGUGAUAUUAAUCUUUUUCUCAUCUGAAAUAGCCUGUAUUAUUACCGGAUACCUUAUAUAAAUGUGAUUUGGUGUUUUUUACUGUUUUCUGAAAUUCCUAAAAUUUCCACUUUCGCAAACUGUUGAUCGGUCAAUUGUUUCAACUGUUUCCUUAAUGUGCAUUGUCGUCAUAGAGGAUUCCUCCUUGGAGCAUAAUAAACCAGACAUGACAUUACAUAGUUAAAGGAUUAUUAAAAUUCGGAAAGUUUAAUUAUUAACAUAUUUGAAAAUCUAUUUUCUUGUUUCUUUUUUCUUUGCAAGUACUGUUAAAACAGUAAUUUAUUAGGUAAUACAACAGCUAUUUCAUAUGUGAUUUGGGAACAGUCUACCAGUUAUCCCUAUGUGUCGAGGAAAGUGUUUUGAACUGUUGCCCUUGGUCUACGGCAUUCGGCAACAGUUCAAAACACUAUCCCCUCCACCUCAGGCCAACAGUUUAACUGUUCCCAAAUCACAUAUGAAAUAACUGUAUAUUGUUUUGUAAUGCACUUGUUCAGCUUUGAAUAUGUUGAGGGUUGACUGCAAAACUGCAGUAACUUGUAUGAAAUAAGGAAGGACUGACAACAGCUUUGCGGUCGACCCUGUGUAUAUCAACAGGAACUUGGCCAAGGUGGGAUUUUCUCAUGUAAUUCUUGGGGGUACAGUCAAACUUUUAAAGUGACAUUAUGCUUAUACUUUCAUUGUCAAGUUGAGCUGAGAACAGACUAUAUAUUUAAAAAAAUAUGGAUUUACUGUUAUAACAGUGAUUGUCCAACAGUUGAUAUUGAAGAAUGUAUUGGAUAAAUAAUAUGAAAGUAGAUCAAGCCUAUGAUCUAGGAAGUCUGUUUAAAAAAAAAUGUUCAUUUAUACCCUUGGAUGGUAGUGCAUGUACAUAUAUUGCCACUUACUUUAAGGUUAUAGCUUCACUGUGCUCUACCAUUCACAAUAGAGUAAUCAAAUACAUUGUAUUUGUUAUCAAUAAUUUUCUAACUUGUUGGUGGAAAAGGUUGUUUGUACCCUAGAAGUAGAUGGGGGGAAAAACCCACAUUUGCCGAGUUACGGGGUAUCUUUAUUAGGAGCUGUUGUUAAUCACAAGGCAGCCAGCAAUAAAAUCUUGUCAUCACAGAUAUUCUGCCAGGUUUAGCUUCGUGGUUUAGUCAGCCUUAAUGCAGCUAGCAU